GCAAGGGAAAAUGUGAGUCUUUCUCUUCCUUUGUUUGAUUAUGAUAAUUCGAAUGAUGUUAACUUCUAACAACUGUUUAAGUUAUUGAUGGAAAUGGCAAUAAGAUCCAUGUUUUAUGUGACUAAUGCAGACUCCAUCUGUUGUUUUCAUUGAUGAACUGGAUGCUGUUGGUAGAGAACGUGGUUUAAUUAAGGGGUCCGGUGGACAAGAACGUGAUGCUACUUUAAAUCAGCUUCUUGUGUGCCUCGAUGGGUUUGAAGGCAGAGGUGAAGUCAUUACCAUUGCCUCGACUAAUAGACCAGACAUUUUGGAUCCGGCACUUGUGAGACCUGGGAGGUUCGAUCGGAAAAUAUAUAUUCCCAAGCCUGGAGUUAUAGGCCGCGUUGAGAUUCUGAAGGUUUGCUGUCUGUGUUUCGUGUACAAGAAUGAUUCGGUGGUGGUGGUGGUGGACAAAUGGGGGUACUACCACUGCAACUCAACCCACCCCAUCUCCGUAUUCGACGAUGGAAACACCGUUUUCAAUCUGGGCCAACCCGGCCCGGCAUAUUUUGUGAGUUCCGACCCGGUUCGGUGCAAAAACGGGCAAAGAUUAAUGGUGGAAUACAAGUGA